AUGGAAGUUAGGUCUGCCAAAAGCCUAGCAUUGAUACGGACAGGUAAGGAAAGGGUGCACCAACGUGGUCAGUCCCGUCUGAUCGAUGGGACUAUUCAAUGGCAUGGCAAUCGUAUUGAGACAAGCUUGUCAUCCAAGUUCGUGUUAAUGCAGCUACCUGAAGUGGCAUGUGCUUCCUCAACCGACGAUAAAAUCGACAACAGUCCACAAAAGAGACCCACCAUUUUCGUGGAUCUUGUGCUAGGGUUCAAGUUUGCUCUGGAUCAUGUUCAAUUCAAAGUCAAGAUUAAUAUGCUCCAUCAUAAUCAUGUUCGGUAA